AAUUCUCGAUUAUAAUUCUCUUCCUUCACGCAACAGGAUAGCCAAGUUGGAUCUGGUUAUAGCAGUAAGCUUUAAAAACAGGAAUACCCAAAUAGCAAAUAACGAGCUGGUUGUUUCCAUUCAGAGAUUAUAAUUGUUGGCAUGGCGCUUAUGCAGAGCAAAAGCAAAAUUUUGAUUGCAGGAGGUGGUAUUGCUGGCUUAGCUACUGCACUUACUCUCCAUAGACUGGGAUUGAAAAGUAUAACAGUGCUGGAACAAGCAAAUUCAUUGAGACUGACAGGUGCAUGCCUCACCAUUUGGGACAAUGGCUGGAGAGCGCUUGAUGCCAUGGGCGUGGGAGAUACUCUUCGCCGCGAGCACACUCAAUUACAGAGAAUUGACACGCUAUCCACAACCAGCGGCCUCACCAAGUGCAUCGAUCUGCAGCACCAUGAAAUGCGACUCGUGCAACGUAAGAAGCUUCUCGUAGCCCUGGCUCAAGCACUGCCAUCAAACACCAUUCGAUUCGGCUUAAAGAUUUCUGCAAUUCACCAAAGGCAAGACAGAUCAAGCAUUGUAACGCUCGAAGACGGUACGCAGAUCUCGCCAAAGGUGAUUAUAGGCUGCGACGGAGUUAAUUCGACGGUGGCCAAGUGGCUAGGGUUUGGACCCCCAAAUUUGGCGGGGCGUUCUGUAUUUCAAGGGUUAGGGAAUUUUCCGCAGGGCCACCAUUUUCAGCCGAAGACGCUCGAGAUCUGGGGAAACGGAAUUACUGCGGCUUUUGGUCCUUGCAAUGAAACUGACGUUUUCUGGUACUUGAGUCGAAAGAGCCUUUCUUCAGAUGCAGAAAUCUCGUACAAUUCGACAAUUCUUCAAGAAAAAGCGCGACAUUUAGCGGAAGAUUUGGGGAACAAAGAAAUGGUGGAGGUUAUAAAGAGAUCGACUCCGAACAGUUUAAGCUUGACAAGUAUGAAGUACCGCUAUCUUUGGCCAUUUAUAGCAGGUAAAGCGCAGAAAGGCAAUGUGACCGUGGUGGGAGAUGCAAUGCAUCCGAUGACUCCUGAGUUGGGGCAGGGCGGGGCUUUGGCUCUGGAGGACUCGGUCACAUUGGGGAAGUGCUUGGCUGAAGUGGAUUUAGAGAAACCAGCUGAAAUUGAGGCGGCAUUGAAGAAAUAUGUGGAGCACAGGAAAGGAAGGGCUUUUGAGAUUGGGGUUCAGUCCUCCGUUUCUGGAAUUUUACAGAGUGGAAGUUGGUGGUUGCCCAAGCUAAUUCGGGAUAAAGUUGUCUUCAAUAGACUAUCGCCCAAGAUGCUUCAUCAUACAGGGUAUGACUGUGGACCUCUUCAAAUCCUUUCUUGAAAUCCAAUUUAAUGUGAUGUGAUGAAUUGAUUGGAGAGCACUGAGUGUUUGUUCAUGGUCUGAUUGUGGUUUUAUUUACCUCUGAACUUUGUGACCUCACUCACCAUACUUGACUAAAGGUGGGAUGGAGCUUAUAAGGGCAGCUUCCCUGAAAUUUCAUAUUUGGGUGGCACUAAUUUCAGAUGACAAUUAAAAUUUGAAAUUUGAUGGUUAUAUGAUUGUAUUUAGAUAUUUUUUUAAAAUCAAAUCAAAUUUUAGAAAGACUAUAUCAUAUGAAAGAGGAGAUUUUAGAUUAUAUAUAUA